CUCUUCUCUCAUGCACUGCGAAGUAGUUGCCGUGCGUGAAACAACUCCGUCAGGGAACGAACGUUUUCACGAGUGAACUUGACGCUUUUUGGAUUCAUCAAUGAGCUCGUCCAGGCACUUGUAGCUGCUUGGAGUGAAGACGGGACUGGGAGACCGCUACCAGGAAAACGACCAGUUUUUUCUUCCAGUCUGGAUUCAACAUGAAAUUCUGGAUUUGUGUACUCGCUGUCAGCUGGGCAGUUGAAGCGACACACGGGGGGACCAGCCAGGAGCCCUGUAAUGGGUUGGACUGUAGUGGAGGAUGUAACUGUAACCCAGAGAAAGGUGGCAGGGGGCGUCCAGGGGCAUUGGGGCCACUAGGACCCGGUGGACCAGAGGGGUUCACAGGCGACCAAGGGCCUUUAGGGCAAAAAGGAGAGCAGGGCCACGUCGGACGCAUGGGCACCUCUGGGCUGAAAGGAGACAAGGGGCCCAUGGGCGUACCAGGGUUCCCAGGAAACGACGGAGUCCCAGGUCACCCAGGUCAGGACGGUGGCAGGGGUCUACCAGGGUUUGAUGGAUGUAACGGUACCCAGGGAGACCCGGGUCCCAGAGCUCUAGACGGAGGAAUACCUGGAGCUUCAGGACUCCCUGGGCCUAAGGGUCCUCAAGGGCAGAAGGGAGAACCUGUAUAUGUUGGAACCAAAGGGGGAGCUCCUGGUUUGCCUGGACUGGACGGUGUACCUGGUCCUGGAGGUCCUAAAGGAAAGCCUGGUGACACGGGCCCCAGGGGUCCUGAUGGAUUCCUUGGUAAUCCAGGUCCCCCCGGUCCCCCUGGUCCUGUAGGGAGCCCCAGCCUAGGCUUCCGGGGGGAGCCAGGAGAUAAGGGCAUCACGGGUCCACCCGGACCUCGAGGCGUGCCCGGCGACGAGCCUCUAGUAGGCUCAUCUAUUACCACUAUCUACAAAGGAGAAAAGGGGGAAGGGGGUUACAAAGGAGUACGUGGACCAUCUGGUAGACCCGGCCCACCUGGUCCUUUUGGCUAUCCUGGCGAGAAGGGAGAGAAUGGAAUUCUGGGGUAUCCAGGGGGACGGGGUCCUCCUGGUUUUAAUGGACCUCCCGGAUCUCCAGGAAGACCGGGAUUCACAGGCAGUCCAGGGUUCCCCGGGCAACCAGGCUACAGUGGACCUAAGGGUGACCAGGGGGAACAGGGGCCUCCCGGACCCCCCAUCUACGCAGACACACAAGGGUUGGCUGUUCAAGGAGCACCAGGUGACAACGGUAUCGACGGCUUCCCCGGCCAACCAGGUGACGCUGGCACUCCAGGGUUUCCAGGACAACCAGGACGACCAGGCGACUCCUUCGGCGAUGGUCGAGGAGGCAGCCCAGGGUUCCCUGGUACCUUAGGGCCUAAGGGAGAGAGGGGUAACCCCGGCAGACAGAGCUACGGCCCUGAGGGCCUACCAGGAGGACAAGGCUUACCAGGACCCCCCGGACCUCCCGGGCCAACAGGCAGAUCUGUCAACAUCCAGCCCGGCAGGUUUGACAAUCUACCAGGAGCGACAGGACGACCAGGAGGCCAGGGACCACCUGGAGCCAGCGGAUACAAAGGACCCAAAGGGGAACUGGGUGACUGUAACUGCCUGGGAGGAGGCACCACGGGUGGGGUGGGGGCACCGGGGGCUCCUGGGUCUGAUGGAAGACCCGGGGCCUUCGGCAGGAAGGGUGAAAGCGGAGACCCAGGCAUACCCGGUUUCGGAGGACAACCAGGAACACCUGGCCGUGUUGGCGAGAGGGGUUUCUUCGGCCGUAAAGGAGAAAAGGGUGCCUCCUUCUACCCCUCGUUCAGCCGAGGGAUCAAGGGUGAACUGGGGGCCCAGGGCCUUCGAGGGCCCCCUGGAAACAUGGGCCGACCCGGGAGAGACGGACUUCCUGGGUCCCCCGGACAGCCUGGGCCUUCUGCUGAUGUUGAUAGCUAUGGGACCAUUGGGGAGAGAGGAUUCCCAGGGUUCUCAGGCGCCAAAGGUCGCGCCGGGGAACCUGGAGAGAACGGGAUUGGCUACCAGGGUUCCAUCGGCCCGCGUGGGUUUCCAGGCGACUCGGGCUUUGCGGGGUUACCAGGACAACCUGGUUUACCUGGCCCUCCAGGGCUAACGCUACCAUGUCGUCUACCUGGUGAGGAUGGAAUCCCCGGCUUCCCCGGAAUACCUGGAAGACUAGGCCCCAAGGGCGAGCCAGGUUUCCCAGGUGGUCCCGGUCGGCCCGGUUUUGACGGAGGGAAGGGAGAGAGAGGAGACCCAGGUUACGGGGGCCAGCCUGGGCCACAAGGUUUCCCUGGCCCCAGAGGAGAUGCGGGGGGCCCAGGUAUCCCAGGCGAGGGUCGUCCAGGGGCCCCAGGGAAGAACGGGUUCCCGGGGCUACCGGGGGAGAAGGGCCGGCCGGGGGAGGUGCUGGGGUCCUCAACAGGUCUCCCUGGAUCACCUGGGUUCCCAGGAGGACCAGGAGACAAGGGAGAGCCAGGAGCAUCAGGACUUCCUGGAGGAUCAGGUUUUGAUGGUCGGUCGGGCAUUCCCGGAACUAAGGGUGAGCGCGGUACGGAUGGCUACCCCGGAGCUCUAGGUCUUCCCGGACUUCCUGGAGACAGAGGCAAUGGAUUUCCCGGUCCUGCUGGACCAGCCGGAAGCAAAGGAUUACCCGGAUCUCCAGGCUACCCCGGUUUAAAAGGAGCCAGAGGUGACGCGGGCUUCCCAGGCCCAACUGGGAGGAAGGGACAGCCAGGACAACCAGGAGGGGGUGGAUCAUCAGGACUCAGGGGCCUUCCGGGACCCCCGGGCCCCGGGGGAAGAAACGGCAUCCCUGGGGGACCGGGAAGGAAGGGCGAGAGCGGUUACCCUGGACUGGCGGGUUUCCCCGGAAUGCCAGGUAACCCUGGAAGACCCGGUGGACCAGGAGGUAAAGGAGCCCCGGGGUUCUCAGGAAAAGACGGCCUGCCCGGUGACUUCGGAGCGCCAGGACCUAAAGGUGACGAAGGUUACCGUGGUCUCCCUGGCCCACCCGCUCUGCCCGCCAUAGUAGAUUACCUGGAGAACGGACAGAGGGGCGACAACGGUGCCAAUGGACUACCUGGUUUCCCUGGACCUAGAGGUGACAAGGGUUUCCCAGGCCAGCCUGGUCGUCAGGGUCUGCCCGGGCUGCCUGGUUAUGCUGACAGGGCUAAAGGAGAACCAGGACUUCCCGGUCUCCCCGGACGCCCAGCCGGGCCAGGCUACCCUGGCCCUAAAGGAUCUCCUGGUAUCAUCGGCUUCCCUGGCAUGCCUGGACCAAGGGGUGACGAUGGCAGGCCUGGUUUCCCUGGUAACCCUGGAGUGCCUGGUCAGCCAGGUGCUAAAGGGGAGAGAGGUGACUCGUCCGGCUACCCCGGAAGUCCCGGAGCUAAAGGUGAGUCCGGAACCCCCGGUUACCCAGGUGGCCAAGGUGCUAAUGGCGCCCCCGGCGACAACGGUUUCCCAGGGGGCCCUGGGUUCAGCGGACAGAAGGGAGCACCGGGAGUUCCUGGAAGACCCGGACUCUUGGGUACCCCUGGUUUCACUGGGGCUAAGGGUCUGAACGGAUACCCAGGAGGAAGAGGUCUCGACGGGACGACUGGCCGCCCCGGCUCCCCUGGAUCAUCUGGAGAAAAAGGUCUGCCGGGAUCUCCUGGUCUUGAUGGACUCAACGGACUGGCUGGACCGAACGGUAUACCAGGAACCCCGGGUUAUAGUGAGGAGGGUCGCCCCGGCACCCCUGGAGCGGCCGGUCUGAAGGGAGAGAGGGGAUCCUCCAUCCCAGGACCCCCGGGAUACAACGCGGAGAAGGGAGCGAGAGGAGAGUCAGGGGGUCCUGGUAGGACGGGCUUCCCAGGCCUGCCUGGUCGUCGUGGGGAUACAAUCGGCUCCUAUAUCCCUGGACCUCUGGGAGACCCAGGCCUGCCCGGACUCGAUGGAGAAGAAGGUUACGGUGGUCCUCCAGGCCCCCCAGGCCCACCGGGGCCCAGUACGGCCCAGGGAGACAGAGGUGACGCUGGGCUACCUGGCUUCCCCGGUACCCCUGGGAGACGUGGAGACCCUGGAGGUCCCGGUGGUCCAGGAAGGGAAGGCAGCCCUGGGUUCAAUGGAGAGAGAGGCGACUCUGGGUACAGUGGAGUGUCAGGAACCAAAGGCUACCCUGGAGAUACAGGAUAUUACGGAGGGAAAGGACCCAAAGGACAGAAAGGUUAUUCUGGUCGUAAGGGGGCCCCAGGUAUAACUUUAUCCCCCACGGGCGUCCAGACUACCUACGGAGAUGUGGGAGGCCCUGGGCUCAACGGAGCUCCAGGCGCCAUGGGAGAAUCAGGCAAUCCCGGCAUUCCAGGCAGAGGGGGUCCUAAAGGAAGGCCCGGUGCGGUGGGGAAGCUGGGGAGGAACGGAGAGUCAGGUCAGGAUGGACCUCUGGGAGACCCUGGUUCUCCUGGUUUCCCUGGACCUUCCGGAUCACAAGGUCUGCCUGGUAAGCGUGGUCUGCAGGGUCCCCCUGGCAGUGUGGCCCGCAGCAGGAGUGUUGGUUUCACCCUGGUGAAACACAGUCAGAACAGCCAGGUACCCAUGUGUCCCCAGGGCAUGUCCCGGCUCUGGGAGGGAUACAGUCUGCUGUACGUAGAGGGGCAGGAGAAGGCCCACAACCAGGACCUCGGUAUGGCGGGCUCCUGCCUCCCCCGUUUCAGCACUGUCCCCUUCCUCUACUGCACACCCAACGAGAUCUGUUACUACGCCAGCCGCAACGACAAGUCCUAUUGGCUGUCCACCACUGCGCCCAUUCCAAUGAUGCCGGUGGGAGAGGAGGCCAUCAGCCAGUACAUCAGCAGGUGCUCCGUGUGCGAGGCCAUGUCCCAGGCUGUGGCCGUCCACUCCCAGGACCUCACCAUCCCCACCUGCCCUGCUGGCUGGAGGUCCCUCUGGAUCGGGUACUCCUUCCUCAUGCACACAGCUGCCGGGGCAGAGGGCGGAGGCCAGUCCCUGGUGUCACCCGGGUCCUGUCUGGAAGACUUCCGUGCAACUCCCUUCAUCGAGUGUAACGGGGCUAAGGGCACCUGCCACUUCUUUGCCAACAAGUACAGCUUCUGGCUGACCACGGUGGAUCCUAGCCGGGAGUUCAACCCCCCUCCGAUGGACACGCUGAAGGGAGGCAACCAACUCAGCAGAGUCAGUCGCUGUCAGGUCUGCAGUAAGAUCUUGUAGCCGGGAGAAGAGUCGAAGAUAGAGAGAAGAAAUGGAAAACAGAGAGACUGAAACAACAAAAGAGAGAGGGUGAUGAUUACUUCUCAGAAAGAAAAAGAGAGAGGAGGUUAAAAUACAACAACAUUCCCCCUUUAAAAAAAAUAUUGACCAAAUGACUGAGUGAAUUUAAGCCCCCUCCCCUGCUUCAUCCCAGGAUCUCACCUGGGGUGUAAAGGUGUCCUGAAGGGCCAACGAGGGCACUUCUGUGGGUUUAUGAUGCGUGAAUAUCGAUGUUGGAGAGAGGGGGAUGGAUAUAGAACGAAAGAGAGAGAGGGGAUGGAUAUAGAAGGAGAAAGAGAGAGGGAGGGAUGGAUGGAUGGAUGGAGAGAUGCGGGGUCUUGGUUUUGAUUGCUCUGCACUAGGAUAUCACUGACAGUGUUGCUAUAGCUACUGCAUUGUUGUAUAUGUGUCUUUAUUUGGGUGUUUCCUCAUUACUAUGGUUACGUGGUCUGAAAACAUUCACGGCUACCUAGUGCAACCGCAAACCAACCCUUCGGAGCACACUGAACCGUUUCCCCUUCCUGUCUGCGUCCCAAAUGGCACCCUAUUCCCUAGUACACUACUUAUGGCUUGGGCUCCAUAGGCCUCUGGUCACAAGUAGUGCACAAUAUAGGGUUCCAUUUGGGACAGAUGCCUUCUCUACCAUAACAACAACAACUACAGUCAUAAACCUGAGAGACUUGCUAUACUGUACAUACCUAUUUACUGCUAGCCAACCGCUUUUAUACUCACACACCCACCGAUGAUAUAUUUGAUGUCUGAGAUACAGUAAGACUCUAUUAUUACCAAUAUGUCAUUUGUUUUAUGUUACCCUACUCCGGGACUCAACUUGACAACAGUUUGGAAAAAGGCACUUUUAAAAUACUAGAAUGACGAGACCAUGUAUGUGAAUGUAUUGCACUGAUGUGAAUUCCAAUAAUGGGUAAGAUAUAAAUGUCAGUCAGUCUGUAACAGUCAGUCUGUAACGUUUGACUUGUGAGUCAAACGUGUGCCUUUUCAGUUUAGCUAUAGUGACGGACGGUGAAGAUUUAGGUUCUCGCCACCACCACAGAAACGAACCUAUAAGCUCUUCGAUUCACUGCUGGCACACAAAUCAUCAACAACAAACGCACAUGAUUAUUAUGGUUAUUUCAUCUCACUCCACCAUCUCUGUUUCCGCCCACAGUGAGAUCCUGAUCGUUGUGUUAAGGGGUGGGACUUGUAACGCAAAUGUACUGUAACUGCCACAGAGCGGAGAGGAUACCACAAGAGCGUUGGGCCAGUAACCGAAACGUUGCUGGUUCGUAUCCCUAGCUGAUUAGGUGACAAAUCUGCCGAUGUGCCCUUGAGCAAGGCACUUAACCGUAAUUGCUCCUGUAAAUCACUCUGGAUGAGAGCAUCUGCUAAAUUAGUAAAAUGUCAAAUUAAAGUUGCUUAAUGGCAAUUACAUUUUCCCAAGAAAAACACAAAUGUUCAGGGAAACAGAUAUAGAGUACUGCUACUUCACUACAACUAUCUCGCUGACUGGAAUGGGUGACCAAGCUGAUAGUACCAUGCACCAAAUCAUAGUUAAAUCAUACUUAUUUAAAACCGUCAUAUUCUGCAGGGUUUCACUCACUCUUCUCACCUCGCUAGUCUAUCUGCUCUCCAUGUUCUGUGACCAAAAUGUUUUUUUGUUUUGUUUUUUUAAUAAAAACCCUCCACACAUCAUGCUCAAGCCAAAACAUACAAGUACGCAAUAACCGCUUGGAAGUAAUCCCAAACUAACGACAAACACAACACACACACUUCUUCGUUACACCGUACCCAAACCGGUCGCGCGCGUGCGCAAAUUGAUUUUGUCACACCAAAUGCGAUCACGACAUGCAGGUUAAAAUAUCAGAACAAACUCUGAACCAAUUAUAUUAAUUUGGGGACAGGUUGAAAAGCAUUAAACAUUUAUGGCAAUUUAGCUAGCUAGCUUGCUGUUGCUAGCUAAUUUGUCCUGGGAUAUAAACGAGUUGUUAUUUUACCUAAAAUGCACAAGGUCCUCUACUCCGACAAUUAAUCCACACAUAAAACGGUCAACCAAAUAAUUUCUAGUCAUCUCUCCUUCUUCCUGGGGCGGCAGGUAGCCUAGUGGUUGAACGUUGUGCCAGUAACCAAAAGGUUGCUAGAUCAAAUCCCCGACCUGACAAGGUAAAAAUCUGUCGUUCUGCCCCUGAACAAGGCAGUUAACCCACUGUUCCUAGGUCAUCAUUGUAAAUAAGAAUUUGUUCUUAACUGACUUGCCUUGUUAAAUAACAUUUUUUUAAAUGUUUAAAUCCAGGCUUUUUUCUUCUUUGGACUUUAUAUGGCGAUUGGCGUUACCACGACGACCGACCAAACUCAGUAAAUCUUUCAAUCACCCAUGUGGGUAUAACAAAUGAGGAGAUGGCACGUGGGUAUCUGCUUCUAUAAACCAAUAAGGAGAUGGGAGAGGCAAUCAUUGAAUAACAUGUAUGUGUACAUUUAUUUUGCUCGCGCACACGACACGAGUGGUGUAGUCAGCAUGUUAGAAUGUUUGUUAUUGUACAGAAGCUUUCUAUACAUUUUAUCAACGUUAAGGCCUAUUGUGUUCUGGUAGUCCCUAUCUGCUGUCUUCAGCCUGUCUUGUCAAUGGCCACGUUCCAGAGCCGACUACAUUAGGUUCCAGAGCUGACUACAUUAGGUUCCAGAGCCGACUACAUUAGGUUCCAGAGCCGACUACAUUAGGUUCCAGAGCCGACUACAUUAGGUUCCAGAGACCACUACAUUAGGUUCCAGAGCCCACUACAUUAGGUUCCAGAGCUGACUACAUUAGGUCCCAGAGCCGACUACAUUAGGUUCCAGAGCCGAGUACAUUAGGUUCCAGAGCCCACUACAUUAGGUUCCAGAGCCGAGUACAUUAGGUUCCAAACAUUAGGUUCCAGAGCCGACUACAUUAGGUUCCAGACCUGACUACAUUAGGUUCCAGACCUGACUACAUUAGGUUCCAGACCUGACUACAUUAGGUUCCAGAGCCGACUACAUUAGGUUCCAGAGCCGACUACAUUAGGUCCCAGAGCUGACUACAUUAGGUCCCAGAGCCGACUACAUUAGGUUCCAGAGCCGACUACAUUAGGUUCCAGAGCCGACUACAUUAGGUUCCAGAGCUGACUACAUUAGGUUCCAGAGCUGACUACAUUAGGUUCCAGAGCCGACUACAUUAGGUUCCAGAGCUGACUACAUUAGGUUCCAGAGCUGACUACAUUAGGUUCCAGAGCCGACUACAUUAGGUUCCAGAGCUGACUACAUUAGGUUCCAGAGCCGACUACAUUAGGUUCCAGAGCCGGCUACAUUAGGUUCCAGAGCUGACUACAUUAGGUUCCAGAGCCGGCUACAUUAGGUUCCAGAGCUGACUACAUUAGGUUCCAGAGCUGACUACAUUACAGACGCCUACCAGAUCUCACAACACCUGAAUAGGUGAUUAACAUAUCAGCUGAUCACAUUCUAUGAUCUAGCAAUCUGAUUGAUGCCUAACUGCGCAGUCGAUGAGGUGGCUCACAACCAUUGGUUGGUGGUUGAUGCAAUGCAACACCUGCAAUGUAGGUGGCCUGGAACGUGGCCGUUGUCGCUGAAUUUAUGUUAAAGGUACUGGGUGACUUAAAUUGUAACCACUAUGACCACUAUGUCUAUCACAUAGGCCCAUCUCUCGUUGGUAGCCCUGAGUACAUUAUUUGUCCUCAUUUGUCCUUGUUUUGUCUGUAAUCUAGAUUAUAAUUAUUUUUACUUCACAGUAUGUAUCCCCUGUUUCAAAGGUUAUUUAAAAAUACAUUUUGUGGAAGCUGGUCUGUACAUUCGAUGAUAGGAACGGAUGUUUUUAUAUGGAAAUAUAAAUAUAAAAUAUCAUAGUACUUCUAUGAUUAGUUUUGAAUGACACAAAAGGAUAAAACACACAUGUUUAUUGUCGCUCUUUUGACACUGUCCUCUGAUGUUAAAUAAAUUCCACCAUCUUAAAAGGAA